AUGGUCGACAAAAAAUCUACAGAUGCAGAUGAUGUAUUUGAAUUCUUGGACUCUUUACCACAGAGUGGUCAAAACGGGGAUAAAUCAGAUUCAAUGAAGGAUUCCAAAGAUCUCGGUAGUUCUAAAGCUGGCUCUAAUACUAAGAAAGAUGAGGAUAUUUUAGAUUUCUUAGAUGAGCUAGAAAAGAGUAAUCUAUCUUUAAAUAAGGAAAAAUCUGAAGGCAGUAAAGUUUCAAAAACAAAAACAGAAAAUGACGACAAGAUAGUGAAAAAUGAUAGUUCACCAGCUGUUAUUGAAAAUUCGUCAUCUACUUCUAGCACACAGAUGGGAAAAAAAGACCAAAAUGAAGAUUCCUUAAAGAAGGAGGAAUUAAAACAAAGUGAUGAAGAGAAAGAAGAAGAAGAAGAAGAAGCUGAUGAACCAUUAGGUGAUCCAAUCUCAACCUUUUCUAACUGGUGGUCUUCUUCUGGGUCUGCUACAGUUUCUUCAUUUUGGAAUAAAACUACAGAACAAGCCUCUCAAUUGAAAAACCAUCUUUCACAAGAACAGCAAGAUUUCAUUGCACAAUCAGCCAACCGUGUAAAGAAUAUUAAUAUGAAUAAAGUUGUUGAUAUGAAUGUGGUUAAUAGUGUUGUUAAUAAAUCCAAAAUUACUGAGUUGGCAAAGAACCUACAAAAAAUUGUUGUUGGUGAAACUGAAGAAGUGUUAAGAAUUCAUUUAGUCCAUGACUUAGUGAACUAUCCAAACCUACAAUAUAUCAUUCAUGAAAAAUUUAACCAAAUUUUGAACGAACAGGUUCAAGGUGGUAUUAGAAUCUUUGUUGAUGAAUGGGGGAAACCAAAUUCAAAUUCAAACUUAAAUUUGUUGAAUUUAGCCAACAAAAACAUUAAUAAUCAAUUGAACAAUAUAGCAAAUAAUAUUAAUAUCAAUUCCUUGCCACCUAAUUUUAAUGUAUUCCAUGGGAAGAUAAUUGAUGGUGAAAAAUUAGCCUUUGCUAACUUAGACAAUGCAAUUGAAUUAUUUAACAAAGCACAAAAGGAAAUUCAAAACCAACAAAAUGAAGCUAAGAAAGAAGCUAACGAGGCUACCGCUACUAAUGAUAACGACGAGGAUGAAGAUGAACAAAUCGCUAAUAUAAUUGAUAUUUUCAUUUCUAUACUGCCUAUUGCUCCAAGUUCUUCCAGUGCCAAGAUGGAUGACGAUAAAUCUACAAUCAUUACAGAUACUACUCAUUCUGGAAACUUUAGUUUUACUAUUAUUUUAAAGGAUAUUUCCAAUGAUAUUACAAGCAUAACAAGAUCUCAAGGAUUCCCAUUGAAAUGGUUGAAAUGGAUCGAAAACUCAAAAGAUGAAGAAGAUAAUGAAAAGGAUUCUUCCAAAUCAGAAAAUGCUACCUUAACACAAAAAACAACUGAAAAUAAGGAGACCAAAGGAAAUGAUGAAACUGACGAUGAAGAUGAGGAUGAUGGCGUUAAUCCUGCUGAAUGGGUACAAAACUGGGUGGAUGACGGUAUUAAUUUGGCAUUCGGUACUGCUGCCCAGAACUAUGUUCUGGAAAGAAUGGAUUUCUAA